AUGGGCAGCAGCUCGCUCUCCGAGGACUACCGCCUGUGCCUGGAGCGGGAGCUGCGGCGCGGCCGCGCGGGCGUGUGCGGGGACCCCUCGCUGCGCGCCGUGCUCUGGCAGAUCCUGGUAGAGGACUUCGACCUGCACGGGGCGCUGCAGGACGACGCGCUGGCGUUGCUCACCGACGGCCUCUGGGGCCGCGCCGACCUGGCGCCCGCGCUACGCGGCCUGGCCCGCGCCUUCGAGCUGCUGGAACUGGCCGCGGUGCACCUAUACCUGCUGCCCUGGAGGAAGGAGUUCACUACCAUCAAGACCUUCUCAGGUGGCUAUGUGCACGUGCUGAAGGGCGUGCUCUCAGAGGACCUCCUUAUCAAGAGCUUCCAGAAGAUGGGCUAUGUGCGCAGGGACAACCAUCGCCUCAUGGUGACGGCCCCACCCCCUGCCUGCCAGCUGGUGCAGGUGGCCCUGGGCUGCUUCGCCCUUCGUCUGGAGUGUGAGAUCCUGGGCGAGGUGCUGGCCCAGCUGGGCACCAGUGUGCUGCCAGCCGAGGAGCUGCUGCAAGCACGGCGAGCCAGUGGGGACGUGGCCUCCUGUGUGGCCUGGCUGCAGCAGCGGCUGGCCCGGGAUGAGGAACCACCGCCCCUGCCACCCCGGGGCUCCCCUGCUGCUUCCUACAGGGCCCCCCUGGACUUGUAUCAGGACCUGCAGGAGGAUGAGGGCUCGGAGGAGGCCAGCCUGUAUGGGGGGCCAUCACCAGGGCCAGACUCACCUCCAGUGGAGCUGGCCUACAGGCCACCACUCUGGGAGCAGAGCGCCAAACUAUGGGGCACUGGGGGCCGGGCCUGGGAGCCCCCAGCUGAGGAGCUGCCACGGGCCAGCAGCCCACCCUAUGGGGCCUUGGAAGAGGAGCUGGAGCCCGAGCCCUCAGCUUUCUCCUUCCUCUCACUGCGCCGUGAGCUGAGUAGGCCGGGGGACCUGGCUGCUCCGGAAGGCCCAGGGAGUCCUGGGCGGGCCAGCCCUCGGCAUAUGCAGGCAGAAGGGGGCCCAGUCUCAGCCUACGGGCGACUCCCUGAGCCCCAGGGCUAUCAGGCACACAGCUGCUUGCCCCCUGGCACCCUGCCUACUCUCUGCUGUGACACCUGCCACCAGCUGCACACCGCCCACUGUGCAGUUCUGACCACCUGCCGCCUGGGCCACUCGCUGCGUGCAUUGCUGGGAGACACACAGCGGCGCCUGUGGCUACAGCGUGCACAGGUGGACACCCUGCUCUAUGACAGCCCUGGGUCCCAGCCCUAGGCCCAGCCAUGCCCCAGGUCGAGGGCUACCGGGAGACAGUUUUGUGGUGCUUCUCUUGGGCAGGGGUGGGGGGAGUUCUGGGCCUCCUAGGGCCUGGGCCACUGGCCACCCUGCCCCUCCUGUCCCUGGGAGAGUCCUGGGUACAGCAUGAGAGGUUUGGAGAGUCGAGGCCCCACAAGGUGGGAGGUGGGGUCUUGCUUUCCAUGGAAAGUUCCUGUCUGUGGCUGCGCCAAGCUCUCCUCACUGAGGACAGACCUCAGCCCUGGCCAGCAGAGCCCUGAGCUGGGCUUUCUUCAGUGCCCAAACCCCUGCCCAGAUGUGCUGAGUAGAGGCACCUAGCCGGUGUACCCCUGUCCCAAUGCCCAACCUGUCCUUGAGGAUCCCAAUGCCCCUUUGAGGCCCACUGGCCAAUCUGUAGCUCCUGGCCCAUUCCCUGGAGUUUGUGGUUUAGGAUGCCUUGCCUCCCUCCAAGUGUCUGGGGACUCUACACACAGGGGCGUCUCCAAGGGCCUGCAGGUGACGCUGAGCUUCCCUGGGGGGUGGGCUGUGGGGUCCCAGCCCUCCCUCGGUGUCAUAGGCCCACACAAAUAAGCAGAGUGCUGAGUGUGAGGCCAGGCCUGUGCGCCUGGGGGGAGCUGGGUCCAUGGCUGGAGAGGAAAUGGUCUGAUCUCAAACUGACAAAACCCAGGCAGCCCAUGAGUGUUGCUCCCCCACCAGGUGUGUGUGUGUGGGGGGCUCUCAGCAACCAGCACCCUGGCCACCUCCCAGCUGGAAGUUGGGAGUGGGGGUCCCGCAGGCUGUCAGUCCAGCUCCUGUUCAGCCACUGCUUGAGGCAGUACAAGCAGAGAUGCGACACACUCCCAGGGCCAGGAAGGGCAGAAGCCACAGCUCUUUCACCCAGGGGGCAGCCCAGAGCUCCCUGGACAAGAUAGAGAGGAGGUGGUUCUGCUCUGGCCCACUUUUUGGGGCUGAUGAGCUGGCUGCAGAAAGAGGAGGGUGGUCCCCAUCUCCCCCUCCCCAGCCACUGGAAGCAGGUACAGCAACAGCCCUCUCCCGACCCAGCACCCCUCCAGACUAGACCUGCUCCUGCAUCCCUCUGUUCACUCUGCCCCCAGCACACUGAGGACACUGUAUAUUAAAUGAUGGUGGAGCCACA